AUGUCUGCAGGUAUGGAUAGAUAUAUGCAAUAUAGAUUGGCUGAACAAGAUGAAGAUUGUGUAGAUUCAUUUACAGAAUUGUUGACAAAUAAUAAUGGUAAAAAGAAUGGUAGAGGUCCAACACAAAUGCGUGACAUUUGGAGUAAUCAUGAUGGUACAAAGAUGCAAAUCACAUGUAAUGAAUUUGGGCAACCACAUGAUAAAAACGCAAGUAAGCUUACGAAUUUUAUUGGGACAUUAGUACGAGAUGGAAAAAAUGCUCCAAUUAACUACAAAAGUUGGCAUAAGGAAAAGUUUGAUAUUCCUCCUCUGGCAGAAAAUUGGACUAUGCGGUCUUGUGGUAAGGAACUUAAAAAUUGGAAAGCUUAUCUUAAGAGAACUUAUUAUUCAGAAACUUUAUCUUUUGAGGAGCAAAAAAAAUAUAAGGACAAAAGAGUAUAUGCUGGGCAAUGGGAGGAAUUAAUAAAAUAUUGGGCAUCAGAAGAUGCAAAGAAAAUAAGUGCUACAAACAAAGCUAGUCGUGGUCAAAAGAAAUACAACCAUAUAACUGGCACAAAAAGUUUUACACAAAUUAGAGCAGCGCAGAAAGAGAAUGGUGGAAGUACACCAACACGUGAUGCUAUGUUUAACGUCUGCUAUACAAAAAAAGAUAAGAGUGUAACUGAUACAACGAAAGAAGUAAUGGUACAAUUACAAGAGAAACAAGAGUUGAAUGAAGAUGUAUCAAAGGAAAAGGGUAUGAAUGACACUUUCUCUAAAGUAAUGGGUAAAGAAAAAUACGGAUCAGUCCGUAUGUACGGUUUUGGUGUUUGCUCAUCUGACGUAUGGGAAAACAAAUCCACCAAGAAAGGAAACCAAAAGAAGUAUAUACAAACUCUAGAAGCUGAAUUGAAAGAAUUAAGAUCUCAAGUUCAAGCCAACAAGCAAAAUUACAAUGCAAAUGACACAUCUAUUAUACCUGACAUGGCCAAAAAGCCUUGUAUGUCACAUAACAAGGAAUCUAGACGUCAGUUGUGGUUUUCAUCUUCAGCAUAUGAUAUUCCAAUUGUUGAGGUUGGUGAAAUGGUUAAUCUUAAGAGUGUUACUGCUGAUCCUGAAACAAUUGUUAUUGGUCUAGUUGUUAGUAAAGAUUCAUCAAAAGAAGUUGGAGGAAAAGAGCUCGGAGAUCAUUAUUCUGAAGUUGUUGUUCAAGUUUGUAUCAACCCCGACGAGGAAUUAAUUAGACCAUAUGGACAAUGCAAGACAAUUGGUGAAGUUGUUGGAGCAUCUAUUGCAUGGCCAACAACAUUUCUGAAAGCAGCUAAGCUUGGAAUUGUUAUAUCUGAAGAGCAAAGAGUUCAUAGCUCCGAGAAUCCUACUACUUCAAGCUCAGUUGAGAAGAAUAGAGAAAAUCAUCAUGCUUAUUUGCUCCCUUGCCCCAUAUCGCGCUCGUCAGAUCUUUGGCGUCCCCCCCAGGAUUGGUUGAAGCUCAAUUGUGAUGUCAGAGUGGGGUUGGAUAGCAUGUGUGUAGUGGUGGUGGCAAGGAAUCACGUUGGCAAGGUGAUCUGGGUAGCCACGUCUAAACUGGAGUUUGUUGAUGCUCUUUGUGGGGAAGCAAUGGCUUGA